ACAUGGCAUCACUGUCCAACUGAUUUUCUUUUUGCUUUCCAAAAAACAAUCCAGAGCUGCAAUGUUUUGAUUGAAAAUUAAGUGCGCCGUGCAAAAGGGAGUGCCAAAUCAUCAAAAUUAAAGACUUUUUUACGUGAAUUUGUGUACAAAUUAAAAUCUGAUAAUGCCCCAAGGUCGCAGAAAGGUUCCAUUUAGUGGAAAGCAGAAAAAGCAGCAACUAAUCGCUAAAAAGCAAGCUAAAUCUAGCACAUCGCAUAACAUUAUCCGUAAAUUACGCGACGAGGAAUCUAGCGACAUCAGCGAGGACAGUGACUUUCCGAAAACGUUUCACGAAAAUGUCGAAAAGAUCAACCUCCAACCGACGAAAGACCCCCGCAGCAAGGCCAAUCGUUACGUUUUGCAGUUCCAUCGGGAAACCGGCAAGGAGCUGCGCGAAAUGAAGGAGGAAGCACUAAAGGCUCUGGUGCCUUGCCAACCGGAGGAAUUAGAGCUGGCUGACAACUACUUCGUCGGGUAUGAGUUUCCCAAGCGACCCAAGUGGACCUACGAAAUGUCCAAAGAGCAGCUGGAUAGUAACGAGAAUCGAUACUUUUUCAAAUACAUCACAUACAUGGAGAAGACACACUAUGACGAUAUGAAAUCGUUGAGUUUUUGCGAGCUUAAUUUGGAAACUUGGCGACAGUUGUGGAGGGUGCUUGAACUAUCCGACAUUGUGCUGGUGAUCGUUGAUGCUCGCUUUCCUACGCUGAUGUUUCCACCAUCGCUAUAUCACUAUGUGACGAACGAUCUUGGAAAAGGGAUGAUACUGGUUAUUAACAAAGUAGAUCUUGUGGAUCCGGAAGCGGUUCUAGCCUGGAAACGUUAUUUUCAACAAACGUACAAAGAUAUAAAAAUUGUCCUCUUUACGUCCUAUCCUUCAUAUAAUCUGCGUGGAAAGCAGGAGAGCAAACAGGGUCUGAAAAUCAGACGUCGCAAGGGACGAAUGCGUAUGGCCGCUGAAGGUGCGCAGCAAAUUUACGGCAUUUGUCGCGAGUACGUGGGAGAUGAGGUGAAUCUGAGCUCGUGGCAGCAGAAAAUUCUCGAAGAACGAUGCGCCCCAAUGGAUGUGGACGGUGACGACGACGACGCUUGCGAGGCGGAACACAUUCACGAAGAAGAGAAAGAUUUCUCUUUCGAAGAGCAUAUCAAAUUUAAAGAUGGAGUACUAACAAUCGGGUGCAUCGGAUUUCCCAAUGUUGGAAAAUCUUCCUUGCUCAACGCGGUUAUGGGUAAAAAGGUAGUUUCGGUAAGCCGAACUCCAGGCCAUACGAAACAUUUUCAAACUAUCUUCCUAACCAAUACGGUUCGCCUCUGUGAUUGUCCGGGUUUGGUCUUCCCAUCUGCCAUCCCUCGCAAGCUUCAGGUUCUCAUGGGCAGCUAUCCGAUAGCCCAGUUGCGCGAACCCUAUGCCUCCAUAAAGUUCCUAGCCGAACGAUUGGAUCUUCCGGCCUUACUCUCGUUGAAGCAUCCGUCGAAUGACAACAGCGAGCAAUGGUCAGCCAUAGACGUUUGCGAUGCUUGGGCAACUAAACGUGGCUUCCUCACCGCUAAAACGGCCCGUCCAGAUACCUACCGUGCCGCCAACAACAUCCUGAGAAUGGCUCUUGACGGAAAGAUCACCCUCUCGCUCAAACCUCCAGGUUUUCAUCAACUGCAAGAACAGCUACAUUCGGAUCCUGAGCUAGUGGCAGUGAGAGAAAUUCAAGCCCUGGCUGAAAACAACGACAGAGAAGACGACGACGACUACAUAUCGGACACAGAUACGGAAGACGUUGCCGGCGCCGCUAGUAACGAUGCCGACAACGAGGAGGACGAGGAAGGCAACUCGACUAUAUCACCGAUCAGUUCUAAAAUGUCCAAUCCCUUCUCCUUGCUCGGCAGUCCAGAGUAACUCAAUGUACUCAAUGUUAUCAUGAAAGGUUUUUGAAAUACCUACUUAUACGCUUUUUACUCUAUACAUUAUAUUCAUAUAUUUUACUAUAAAUGUAGUGAACAAAAAGUAGAAAGCUCGGGCGAUGAAGUGAGAAUAAGACUAUGAAAGAACGAAAGUGCGCAGAGUGGUGCUCUUGUGUAUAAAUUAAGAAUUUGCACGCGUUUGUUACGUAUAUUUAUUGUUACACACUCCACACGAUUUGCAGAAGUCUCAAAUGCAUUCUAAAACAGAAUACCUGGUACUGUAUUUUGCCUAUUCGCAAUAAAGAGGUCAUAUGUAGCGGCAGCAGCA